CUAAUGUUGGAAGUGAUUACAUUGUGAUUAGCCAUGAUUUACUCAUCCUCUGGAGCUAUAAAAGCCUUUGGCUACUUGACAGAAGGCACCAUCAGGUCGAAGAACCCCAGGAGUUAAGGUUUGGUCUUACAGUACUCAUCUGCAGCCAUGAAAUUCUCCCUUGUUGCCGCUCUUGUCGUUGUGCUGGCUGUUGCCCAUGGCACUGAGUCCGUGUCAGUGGUGAAGCGUGAUGUCCAGGCUGAGGUUGACAAGAUUACUAAGCUCAUCAAUGAAAUGUCAGCCGGCAUCACCACCGCAACCCAUGACAUGGUGGAGAAGGUGAAGGCUCUUGAGGUGACCAACACUGCCCAGGGUUACGUGAAGGACAGCAGGGCCCAGAUCCAGCCUCUGGUUGAGAAGGUCCAGGCUGAGGCCGCCAAGCUGCAGGAGCAGGUCAAGCCCUUCAUCGCCAACAUUGAGGAUCAGCUUAAGCCCCUCACCGACAACUUCAAUGCUCAGGUCAAGCCUCUGACCGACAACUUCCACGCACAGGUCAAGCCUCUGACCGACAUUAUGGAGAAGCUCUUCCAGCAGGUGAUGGACCAGACCAAGGCCCUGCUGCCCCCCCAGUAGAGCUCGCUGUUGGUUCGUUCCAGCUGCCCAGGAUGCUUUACUGGUGUUUGUCUGUGAUACUCCUUCGUCCUUUAAGUCAUCUGAGAUGUGAUACUUAAAAUGUCAUCAUUAAAGGGGUUUGAAAGUCA